AUGUGCUCUCUAGGUGGCAAAGUCGAAGAGGGAGAGACGCCUCUUCAAGCCGCCAAUCGCGAGUUAAACGAAGAGGCUGGAAUCGAAGCCCCCUUGAAGCAUGCAGGAACUUUUCUUUUUCUAAGCGAGGAUGUAGACUGGGCAUUCCAUAUCGACAUCUAUCGCGCAGAUAGCUACACGGGAACAAUUACCGAAACUGAUGAAAUGAAACCGGAGUGGUUCUCAAUAGCAUCUGAAAAUCAUCAUGCCCCGUUGGACUCUCCGUCCUUCUAUUCUCAUCUUCCAUUCGAUAGGAUGUGGGAAGCAGAUCGAUACUGGCUGCCCCUGCUUCUUUCUGGGCACCCAUUUUCUGGAAGGGCUGACUUUGUCAAAGUCGGGGAAUCAUCCAAACCUCGAAGAUGGUGGUUUGGAGUCCUAAGUACCAACCCAUGA